AUGAAGUUCUCGCUGGCAUUCUUGCUGGUGAUCAGCUUGACCGGCACGAUAAACAGCAGCCCUUUGAACCAGACUCAAUCGCUUGCAGAUGAUUUGGAUGAUUUCCUAUCGCUUCUUCCCCUCGAGAAGAUCAUACCCCUGGUCCAAGAGUACCUGAAAAAUGACAAGGAGGUGCAAAAAGUAUUAGAGUACAUGAAAACUGAAGAUUUCAAGAAAUUGGUACUGCAAAUUGAGAGUAUUCCAGAUGUUGUGAACUUCCUCAAAUAUCUGAAAGAAUCAGGCCUCGAUGUAAUCGAUUUAGUCAACAAAUUGAAUGAUCUGAUUGAGCUACCACCCAUGAAACCCAUCACACGGGUUGCCAUUUCCGGUGGCAUAGCCGGCCUAGUUGCAGACAUCAAGAGUCUCUUACCAUACGAGGAAAUCAAAGCCAUGUACUACGACAAAUUGAAGACCUCAGAGGACUUCAAGAAUUUGAUCGAACGUCUCAAAUCCCCAAAACUCCAGGCUAUCGUAGAUACACUAGCCGCCAACAAGGAAGUUCAGUACAUCGUUAAAACCCUGAAAGCGCAUAAAGUUGAUGUUGAUGUUCUGUUCGAUCUCAUCUCCAAGGUUCUGGGAAUCAAGUUUCCAAAAUCUGAGCUUCGCAGAAGUGUCCGAUCCCUCCACGAUGAUUUCGAAGACUUUGUGGCCCUCGUACCCCUUGACAAAGUCAUUCCUAUUGUUACUGAGUACAUGCAGAAUGACAAAGAAGUUCAACAUGUAAUUGAAUACGUGCAAUCUCAGGACUUCAAGAACCUCGUGACUGAAGUCGAAAGCAUUGAAGACGUUCUCGCCUUCUAUAAUUACCUCCAACAAUCUGGUUUAGAUGUUUAUAAAGUAGUCAACAAGCUUCACGAGUUGAUGGGUCUCCCCCCAUUGGUUCCCCGUGUGGCACUAGCAAGAAUCACCGGUGGAGUUGCUGGUCUUAUAGCAGACAUCAAAGCCGUACUGCCUGUUGAGAAAUUCAGAGCUCUGUACAAGGAGAAAUUGACAUCAUCACCGGAAUUCAAGAGCAUGAUCGAACGUCUGAGAUCUCCAAAAUUUCAAGCUAUCAUUAACAAGCUUUUCACCAAUGAUACUUUCCUUCACCUACUCAAAAAAGCGAAAGAACACGGAGUCCAUGUGGAUGUCAUUGCAGAUUUACUUGUCAAAUUGCUUGGAAUUAAAUUCCCAGGCCAUAGACUGCGUCGUGCGGCUCUUGGCCUUGAAGAAGAUCUAGCUGACUUUCUGGCCCUCAUCCCCCAAAAUGAGAUUAUGCAUAUUGUGGUGCAAUAUUUGGAGCACGACAAGGACGUCCAAAAAGCUGUCGAAUACAUGCAGAGUGCUGAGUUCAGGCAAUUGGUUAAGAUUAUUGAAGAGAUGGAUGACGUCAAAAACUUCUACAAGUACAUCCAGGAUUCAGGUUUGGACAUUUACGGAGCAGUUAACAAACUGCAUGAUUUCAUUGGUCUGCCUCCUCUAAUCCAACAGAGGCUCUUACGCAUUAUCACUGGUGGACUUAAUGGCCUGAUCCAGGAUAUCAAAGCUAUCCUUCCCCUUGAAGAGAUCAAGGCUUUGUACUAUCAAAAAAUGGAAACUUCGCCAGCAUUUAAGCAACUCGUCCAACGUCUGAAUUCCCCUAAAUUUCAGGCCGUUGUUGACAAACUUCUCGCUAACAAAGAGUUUCAGGAAAUCUUAAAAGCUGCCAGAGAAGCUGGAAUCGAUCUCGAGAAGAUAGCAGAUCUGUUGUCCACCAUAUUCGGAUUGAAAUUCCCCUCAGCGAGCGGAAGAAGCAUAGCCCGCAGUCUAUACGUAGACAUCCAUGAUUUUCUCAACCUUCUGCCUAAAGAGAAAAUCGCUGAAAUCUUCUCCGAGUACUUAGCCAAGGAUAAAGAGGUGCAAGCUGCUUACCAAUAUAUUCGGACUCCAGAAUUCAGAAAACUACUUAGUGACAUUGAGGAAAUAGAUGAUGUAUCGGCAUUUCUUCAUUACUUGGAUGAAUCUGGCCUAGAAAUCUAUUACUUGGUCAAUGAAAUCCACAAAAUUAUAGGUCUUCCAAGUCUCAAACCAUAUCUUACAUCUGAGAGAAUCUCAGGUGGUGUUUCUGGUCUCAUCAACGACAUCUUGGCUAUCCUACCAGUCGACAAAAUCAAGGCCCUUUACAACGAAAAAAUGGAGAAAUCGCCACGGUUCAAGAAUCUUGUCGACCGUCUUCGCUCACCAAAGUUCCAAGCUGUUAUAGAUACUCUUAUGGCUAACCAGGAGUUCCAGAAUAUUAUCAAGAAGGCCAAAGCGGCUGGAAUCGAUCUCAAGGCCACAGCAAAUUUUCUCUCCAGGGUCCUUGGUCUUCAUUUCCCAGAAUCUCGGCAGCGUCGCAGCGUACAAUCAGACCUGGAAGACUUCGUCAUGCUCCUGCCCGUCGAAGAAAUCACGAAGAUCGGUAUCAAGUACUUAAUGAACGAUGCUGACGUCCAGGAAGCUGUCAAAUACAUUAGAACCGAUGAAUUCAAGAACCUGCUCAUGGAGCUCCAGGAAGAACAGGACGUCAGUGACUUCCUGAAGUACUUGAAUGACUCUGGUGUGAAUGUCUACAAUAUCGUCAAUUUCCUUAAUGACUUCCUCGGCGUUCCCCACUACCCAAGACCCGUUAGAAUUUCCAGAGCUGGAGAGACAGGUGUCCAAGGCAUGCUCAACGAAAUCCGGGCUAUUCUCCCGCAUGACAAGAUCCAUGCACUUUACGAAGAGAAGCUCAAGACAUCGGAGGACUUCCGGGCCUUCAUUCACCAUUUUAAAGCCCCUCAAAUGCAGGCAAUUAUUGACAGACUCGUUGUCAAUAAGAAAUUUAUUGAACUAGGAUACCAGGCACACAAGCAUGGCAUCAGCAUAGACCAUAUCGUCACUUUCUUGCAGGAAGUGUUCGGCCUCAAGUUUCCAGAAGUCCCCUUCCCACCGAAACCUGCAAGCCUCUACCGUGCAGGAAGUGAACUUCGCGAUGAUUUAGCAGAAUUCCUUGAUUUGCUCCCAGUUGAUAAAAUCACCAAGACUGUGCUCGAAUACACUUUUUAUGACAAAGAAACAAAAGAGACAUUUCAGUACAUCCGAUCUGAGGACUUCAAAAAUAUUAUCAGGACGCUUGACAAGAUCCCUGAAUACAACGAAAUGCUGAAAUCACUGGAUGCUGCGGGUCUUGACAUUUACGAAACAAUUGAAAUAAUUCACAAGUUCAUUGGCUUGGAUGAUAAGCAUCCCUCCAUGGUGCGAAAAAGUCUGCCUGGGAAGCCUGGUGUCUCUGGACUCAUUGAGAAACUCAAGGAGCUCCUCCCUUACCCCCAAAUAAAGCAGCUGUACUACUUCAAACUGGAGAAUUCCAAGGCCUUUGCUGAUUUCGUCCAGCUCAUCAAGUCUGAUAACUUCCAGACUGUAACAAAUACUCUUUUUGCUAAUGAGAAUUUCCAGCAGCUUCUGCGUGAGGCAAAAGCUCACGGUGUUGACCUGAAGGCCAUUUCUGACUUCUUCGCUCGAGUUUUCGGAAUUAAAACUCCACCGGGAGUCAUUGACCCAUGA